AUGUGGCGGCGUCCCUCAUUCACCCCAGCACGUCUUACCACCUCAGGGAUCUCCCAUCGUGGCCUAUCUACGGCUUUGUUCUUUCCUGGACAUGGGGUACAACGAGUAGGCAUGGCAACUGCCUGGGUGGACAGCUUCCCCCACACCGCGACCAGAAUUCUGGAUGAGAUGGAUACCAUCCUAGGAUUCAAACUCUCGCGCAUCAUAUCGGACGGUCCCAACUCCGAAUUGAAUCGCACUGAACAUUCACAACCCGCAGUCAUGGCGGUGUCAGUACUCAUCCUCCGUAUUCUGGAGCAUGAUUUUGGAUUCGAUAUUCAGUCGAGCGUGGACGUGACUCUCGGGCACAGCCUGGGAGAGUUCUCCGCGCUGGUCGCCGGCGGCUACCUCGGAUUCGGAGAUGCUCUUCGAUUGGUUCGGCGCCGGGCUGAGGUGAUGGCUCAGUGCACACGAGCGGUCGCCAAGCAAUCGGGCGACAGCUACGGAAUGGUGGCACUCAUCUGUGAGCCCGACCACCUGGAGAGUUUACUGAAAACUGUCCAAGACUUUCUCAGUCUCGGAACGCGUGAGGACGAUUCCAGCCACGCAGUGCCGCCAAUCCAACAGGUGGUAGUGGCCAACAUCAAUUCGAAGAAUCAAAUCGUACUCAGUGGCAGCAUUGAAAGAAUCAAAACACUUCUUGUACAGCUCCGUCAAUUUGGAGGACAUGAUCCGCGCGCCGUGAGGUUGAAAAGUGACAGCCCGUUUCAUAGCCCCGUGAUGGCACCAGCGGCAGAAUAUAUGAGAAACGCCAUGGAGAAUAUCGAUGUUCGCUUCCCCGCAUUGAUUCCGUGCAUCUCGAACGUCUCUGCACAACCGUUUCAGUCCAAAGAGGACCUUAAAGAUCUACUUUCCCGACAGUGCAUCGAUACUGUCCGAUGGUGGGACAGCAUCCGCUACCUCCAUCAGGAUCAGGGAGUACGCCGGUGGGUUGGCAUUGGACCCGGCAAGAUCGGACGAAACUUGGUUGGCAAGGAGGUUGGCCGCGUCGACACCAAGGGAGGCGGCGUCUGGGCGAUUUCGGAUCCUCGCGAGGUGGAAGAAACCAUCCUCGCCUUGGAGCGGACGGAGCCCAGGACUCCAGAAGGCUCGCCCCCCAUCCAUGUAUAG